AUGGGUGGAGGCCGAAGCUCUAGCAACUAUAUCGGCAGCCAGAAUGGAAGACUUCGUGUGGACCCACAUCUGCUGCAGAUUGGCAUCCCCUACGUAAUCAUCACCGAUAACGACAUGCAAUUUGAUUCGGAGCUCUUCAGAGAGUUCUGUGCAUGCCUCAAAGUCAAUUUGUUCUUUGCCUCGCCAGCUCACCGCCAAUCAAACAGCCAAGUCGAAGCAAUAAACAAAAUCAUUAAGAAACUGUUGAAACGGCAGCUCGACAAAGCCAAGGGAGCUUGGUUGGAGAAGCUUCCAGAUGCACUAUGGGCCAUUUGGACAUUCUACCAAACGUCCACUGAAAAAACCCCAUUUUCUCUCUCAUUCAGUUCGAAAGUCGUUGUCCCCUUGGAGAUUUGCGAGACUUCUUACCGAAUGGAAAGCUUUGCUCCGAAGAUGAACGAGGAAGCACUCGCAUUGAGCCUCGACUUGAUUGAAUUGGGGAUUGGGUCAUGCUCAAUGUAUCUUUAG